AUGGACGACAGCGACUUUGACUUUGACGAUAUUGUCAUGAGCUCGAAAGCUUACCGGCGAGCUAUGGUGAUGGCUGCAGAGGCGAUUUCCGGUAAAGGCCAGGCUACCCUAGAUAUAGCAUCGAAAUCUAAGGCAAGCAGCAUCCGAAGUGAUGGAAUUAGUCAGAAUAAAAAAAGCCAGACAUGA